AUGCAUGGCCCAUGUGGUGUUGUUCGAAAAUCAUCCCCUUGCAUGCGUGAUGGACGUUGCACUAAGUAUUAUCCCAAGAAAUUUGUUGAUGAUACAAUCGUUGAUGAUGAUGGUUAUCCAAUUGAUGGUCAUUGGCAACCUAGAAAACAAUGUUAUUAUGUUGGGAGCUACAUGCUCCUGGUUCUGGGAGCUACAUGCUAUGAGGAUCUUAGGUUUGUUAAUGGUGUUCAGUAUGAUACAUUUAGAGAUGCGUGCUUCGCUUUAGGAUUGUUGGAUGAUGAUAAGGAGUAUAUUGACGGAAUUCUUGAGGCUUCUUUUUGGUUAUCUGCCCAUUCACUAAGAUUGGUAUUUGUAAGUCUGUUGUCAUCAGAAUCUGUUUCUCGACCGGAUGUUUUAUGGCAAAAGUGUUGGAAACAUUUAUCCGAUGAUGUUGUUUAUAACCAAAGAAAAUUAAGGAAUCAGCCAGGUUUGGUGCUGGGUGAUGAUGAAAUUCAGAAUUUUGUGUUUGCUGAUAUUGAGAAAUUGUUAUUGAACGUUGGUAAAAGUUUGUGUAAUUACCAUGGUAUUCGUUCGAAGGGAGGUAUUGUAUUAAAUGUGGCGUCCAGCGGCAUAGCCUUUUUAUUGUUACCUGGAGGUAGAACUGUCUGCUCACGCUUUAAGAUUCCUAUCAAUGUUAAUGAAGAUUCUAUGUGCAAUAUCAAACAAGGAUCGGAUCUUGAUGAGAUUAUCAUAAGGUCGAAACUUAUCAUAUGGGAUGAAGCUCCGAUGAUUCAUAAACAUUGCAUAGAGGCCGUUGAUAGGGCUUUGAGAGAUAUUCUUCGCGUGUGCAUUGAGUCAAGUAUGAACAAACCGUUUGGUGGAAAAACUAUAGUUUUUUGUGGUGAUUUUAGACAAAUUUUACCUGUUGUUCCUAAAGGGAGUCGACAGAAUGUUAUAAAUGCCACCAUUAACUCUUCAUAUCUUUGGAGAAAUUGUACAAUGUUGAUGUUGAUCAGGAACAUGAGACUGUUGAGUGUCGAAUCUUCUGUUGAAGCUUCUAAGUUGAAGGAAUUUUCAUCUUGGGUUGCUUCUAUAGGUGAUGGAGUUGUUGGUGGUCCGAAUGAUGGUGAAGUCGUAAUUGAUCUUCCCUCUAACAUUGUUUUGUCUAAUAUUGGAGAUCCUCUAAAAACCAUUGUUGAGAACAUAUACCCUUCUUAUAUGGAUCCUAAAGAGUUGAGCAAUUGUUUGCAUGAUCGGGCUAUACUUGCUCCUACGCUUGAUGUUGUUGAUGAGGUUAAUCAGUUCAUGAUUUCGUUGGAUCAGUCUCAAGGUCGGGUACCUCUAAUCAUGUAUCGAUGUUGA